UCAGUGACUGGGGACGAGCUCGUCUCGCUCCAGACUUCACAUCCUGUUUUGUUUUGUUGCCGUUGUUUCGGAUCGUCCUGGUUUUUGAGGAUGACCAGCAGGAUGAAGCUGGUGCGCUCUCUGGUGAAGGCUGCAGCUCUGGCCAGCGUGCCCAAACACAUAGACCACUUCUCCAAGUUCUCCCCAUCUCCUCUGUCGAUGAAGCAGUUCUUGGACUUCGGUUCAACCAAUGCCUGUGAGCGCACGUCGUUUGUUUUCCUUCGCCAGGAGCUUCCUGUCCGUUUGUCCAACAUCAUGAAGGAGAUCAACCUGCUGCCGGACCGGCUGCUGGCCACACCCUCCGUCCAGCUGGUCCAGACCUGGUACGUCGACAGCCUCAUGGAGAUCCUCGAGUUUCUGGACAAGAACCCUGACGACCAUAGAGUCCUUGAGACGUUUGUGGAGGUCUUGGAGGCCAUCAGGAACCGGCAUAAUGAUGUGGUCCCCACCAUGGCUCAGGGAGUCAUCGAGUACAAAGACACUUUUGGCCAGCACGAUCCUGUCACCGACCACAACAUCCAGUACUUCCUGGAUCGCUUCUACACCAGCCGCAUCUCCAUCCGCAUGCUCAUCAACCAGCACACUCUAGUCUUCAACGGGAACACAAACCCCGCCCACCCCAACACCAUAGGCUGCAUCGACUCCAUUUGUGAUGUGACAGAGGUUGUGCGAGAUGCCUAUGAGAGUGCAAAGUUGCUGUGUGAGCAGUAUUACCUGGGAGCACCAGAGCUGGAGCUGAGGCAGAUGAAUGCCAACAGCCUCAGAGAAGCAAUCCAGAUUUCAUACAUCCCAUCUCACCUGUACCACAUGGUGUUUGAACUCUUCAAGAAUGCAAUGAGAGCAACCAUUGAGAACCAUGAGGCCAGCAGGACCCUCCCACCUAUCAAAGUUAUGGUCGCCCUUGGUGGAGAGGACCUGUCCAUCAAGGUGAGUAAAUCAUCUGAAAAAUGCAGAAUCUUCCAGUACAACCUCUGGCCAGUCGAUGGCGCUGCAGCCCUCUCAGCACAUCCACUUUCAGCAUCCUUGGGCUUUAUGAUUGUGGUAUUUGGUAUUUCUAAUGACAAUAUAACUGGAGGCAUAAACAUGGUUAUAGCCUUUAGCCAACCUAUAGCUAACUUGCACAAACUUGACAGAACUGGAGAAGCCCACAGUCACCUUCUGCUCGAGUGGACAUACACCAACAUCCCGUUCUGGGACCAUCAACCAACGGAUAUGUCUAUACCUUAA